AUGCGAUCUGUAUCUGCCUUUCUCGCUCUCCCGGCCUCUCUAAUCGUGCUCCUCUCCCAAGCUUCAGCCGAACCCGCCGCGCCCACAGCCUUGAAGAAGCUCCCGCCAAACUCCAACGACAAGAUCCUCCGGGAACACCUCGCAUUUGCGCCGCUGCACAUCCUCUCCCCGCGAGAAGCCGCCGCUGCAGCGGUAUCGUUCCUGGACGAGCAGGACGACGAGUUCCUAGCCCUCAACGGUACCGAGCGGCGCUUCCGGCCGGCGUUUGCGCCUCACCGCGAUGAGGCACGGGAUGGCGUUCUGCGCCGGGCAGCCGAGGUCCUAGCUUUGCUACAAAGGAGGUCGUCCUGUCCAGAGGGCAUGAACAGCUGCUCCGACAUUGCCUCCGAGGUCAAAUGCUGUCAGGAGGGGACAUACUGCGUUGACGUGGGGGAUGCUGUGGCGGGAGGUGUAGCAUGCUGUCCCAACGGGGCUUCCUGCGGCGGAGGAGUUGGCGCUUGUCCUUCUGGUGCUACGAGUUGUUCAGAGGAUCUGGGCGGCGGAUGCUGUAUUCCAGGUUAUGUUUGUGAAGGGCUUGGAUGUAAUUUAGGCGUCCCCAGCGCUUCUGCAACACGAACGAGCAAUCCCUCUACUGUCGUCGUCACUUUGACCGUGACUGAGACACCCUCGGCAGAGCCCACCACACAAACAACCACUGAAGUCGUAACGGCUUCAGAAGAAGAGACAACAACUGAAGCCGAAGAAACGACCGAGUCCGAAGAAGAGACCACGACUACAACCCGGAGCAGAACAACGGCCACCGGCUCCAUCACCGGCGCCCCGCCCUAUCGUCCAACAGGCACGACCGUGACCACCUCCUCGUCGAGCAACGACACCCAGACGGGUUGUCCGACUGGUUUCUACGGCUGCCUCGCUACCCACGGCGGAGGCUGCUGCCGUACCGACCGAGACUGCGAUGUGCACGACUGCCCGGCCCCGUCAACAACCAUCAUCUCAGACGGCGCAACUAUCGUGAUCCUCGCGACCGACGCACCCCCAGCUCCGGGUCCCACGUCAACCUGCGCAGAUGGCUGGUUCCUCUGCGGUGCGAGUGCCGGCCCCGUAGCGGGAUGUUGCCCAACUGGUUACGACUGCGGAACGGCGAGCUGCUUCACUGUGCAGGCGAGCCAGACUGGAGCCGUGCAGAAGGAAUUCCCCAAGGCAGAUGCGAGUGUUCGUGAGAAGCCAGCUAUGUUGCUGGCAGGUCUCGCGGCGGCAUUUGUGUGCUUUGCCCUUGCGUAAAGCAUCUUUUAAUGAAGAUGGUCCUUUCGGGUGGAGAGAUGGACAAUGUAGAUGGGAUAUGAAGCGUACGUAUAUAGACUGUAACUUGUGACCAUGGUAAGAUGAUUUAGCUAGAUACCCUCGCGGCACGCUUAAUGACAUGAAUCUCAGCUGGGCAGCCAUGGCUUAUGAGAAG